AUGAAGGAGAUACGGCAUUAUGGCCUUCUGGCCUUGAUGGGCUCCCCCACCGUCAUCGGAUCCCCUUGGCACUAUUAUGACGGUAGAAUCGUUGUACGCGAUAUAGUGUCUGAGUUCUUUGGCUCUGCGCCGGCUCCUACACCUCCUCCCUAUGUCACCAACACCUCCCAGACAGCCCCUAUACCGCCGUCGUCAUGGCUUUCCAACCUGGACUCCUGCCAUUGUCCCAUCACCUACGUCCCUAUGCUGCCUGUAGAGUGCAAUGGAGACCUAUUCUACGCCACAAGACCUCCAGAACUCGUAUAUACCACCAUCACCGAAGUACAUACCAUCAGACCGCUCGGCUCUGCACCACCGAAUCCUCCAACCCUCAUCACACCUCCGCCGCCAUGCUCGACAUACAGCUGUCCGCCCAGCCGCUGUAAGAUGGGCAUCGGCAUCUUCCCUUCUAUGGCUCCUCUCAUAUCGACUAUCAGCGUUACCAAGAAGACGACCAUCUUGGGUGUUCCUUCUGCUGAACCACCGCCGUCGUUUAGAGAGACUGACUCUGAUAGCCCGGGAGGACAGAAGACUCCCACGAUGACUUCGCCGGCUGGCGGCUCCAACGGUUCGCGGCCGUCUGAGUACUCACGGUCUGAUUCCCAGGGUGGUUCCAAGGGUGAUUCCCAAGGCGAUCCCCAGCCGACUGGCGGUUCUCAGCAGAAUGGAAGCUCUCAGCAGAAUGGCGGUUCUCAGCAGAGUGGAAGUCCUCAGCAGAGUGGAAGUCCUCAGCAGAAUGGUGGCUCCCAGCAGAAUGGAAGUUCUCAGCAAAAUGGCUCUCAGCCCUCGGGAAAUCCCCAGCCGUCCAAAUCCACAGUCGACCCUGGACCUAUAACCUCUGGUCCUAGCCCUUCCAAUGCGAUUCCUACCAGGACCAUGCUUGAUCUAGGUGGUGUCCCAGUCACCAUCCAAGAAACUGGCUCUAUUACUAUCGGAAACGGCCCUUCACGCACCACUAUUACUAGCAAUACCACACCUACCACCUUUGUUGUAGACGGCCACACCUUUACCGUCAACCCUUCAGAGGUGAUCUAUCUAGAUACCACAUUCCGCCUCGGCGCGGAUCCUACAGUCUCCCCACCUCUGAUAUCAGGCAGCUCUAACCCGUCUGAUGGAGGUGAUGGCCAACAGGGCAUCCAUACUGACAGCGCAGGGAAUACCAUAUACCCCAGACCAACAGGCACCGCAGGCGGUUCUCCUCCCAACCGUAAUCUUGCGAUACGAAAGGCCGGUAAACUAGAUACUUCAUUUAUUCUUUGGAUAGUAACCACAGUUAUUUUUGGCGGGUUUGCUGGAUUAUUAUAA